AUGGCAUCUGCACUGUGGAACUACCUUGGCCUCCGCGAGGCCCCCACUGCCCCUACCAAUGAGGCCGUGCGAGCCCUGCCCGCCUCGUGGUACACUUCGCAGGAGAUGUUCGAGCUGGAGCGCCGCGCCAUCUUCUCCCGCAAAUGGUUGCUGACCACUCACAAGCUGCGCCUCCCCAAUACCGGAGACUGGCUGCAGUAUGAGGUGUCGGGCUUCAACUUUGUCCUGGUGCGCGACAAGGAGGGCAACAUCAACGCCUUCCACAACGUCUGUCGCCACCGCGCCUUCCCCUUGGUGACCGAGGAGAAGGGGUCCGCUCGCAUCUUCGCCUGCAAGUACCAUGGCUGGUCCUACGGCCUCAAUGGCAAGCUGGCCAAGGCUCCCGGCUACCAGGACCUCGACGGCUUCGACAAGAGCAAGAACAGCCUGCUCCCCAUCCACGUGCACAUCGACGCCAACGGCUUCAUCUGGGUCAACCUGGAUGCCGGCGAGCAGCCCGAGAUCUCCUGGGACGAUGACUUCAAGGGCAUUGAUCUGCAGUCCCGCUUUGCCGAUGUCAAGUGGGAAGACUACACCUUCGACCACACCUGGGAGCAGGACGGCAGCUACAACUGGAAGAUUCUGGCCGACAACUACAACGAAUGCUACCACUGCGCGACUACGCACCCGGACAUCCCGGCCCUGGCCGACUUGGCCACCUACUCGGUCGACACCAAGGACGGCGGUAUCAUCCACGACGCCCACUCCAAGCCCGACCAGAUCGCGGCGGGGCUCAGGAUUGCCAGCACCUACUACUUCCCCAAUGCCUCCAUGACCGUUUCGCCACACUUCUUCUUCAUGCAGCGCUUUGUCCCGAUCUCCCCCACCCGGUCGGUGAUGAAGUACGAGGUGUACCGCAACAAGAACUCGAGCGACGAGGACUUUGACCUGAUCAACACCAUGUACAAGCGCAUCAUGUCCGAGGACAAGUACCUCUGCGAUCUGACGCAGAAGAACCUCAAUGCCGGAGUGUUUGUGAACGGGGAGCUGCACCCGAAGAUGGAGAAGGGCCCCCUGUAUUUCCAGAAGGUGGUGCGCGACGUGGUGACGGAGCACUUCCAGCGCGAGGAGAAGGAGGGUCAGGAGUACUGGCCGGCUCGCCAGCGCGUGCCCAAGGAGGCCGCGACGAGUGCGCAGGACAUGCAGUUCUGCUCCAAUCUGGGGUGUGGGGCGGGUAAGGAGUGCUGCUCGAACAUCGGGGCGCAGCCACCGGCAGCGGUCGCCUGGUGA